GGUCCGGUAGUAGCAAACUAAACGUGGUCGAAUCGGUAUCACACGUUGGGAGCUCUGCUAGUGGCGAUAGAGAGAGAGCGUAUUCGUUACGUCGCGGUUCGUCGGUUGUCGGAAACUUUCGUGUGGAGUGGCGUGAUUUCGCGAGUCGUUCCCGAAUUACGAUUUCAAAAACAAUCAUCUGGCACAAAACUCAAAACAAAGUUUGAAAAUUCGAACUCCUCAAUCGCUGCCGCGUGCCACAUCCAGAACCACCAAUAAUUCUAACGUCUCGAUAAGAUUAGUACUGCACCACUCAAACUAAUCGCCCAAAACGGUAGCACCGGUCCAACAUCACCGAGGUCGCCCAUCGAAUGAAGAUUCCCGCGCCAACGUUGUUACUUGAAAACCAAAAAAAAGAAUCAUCACCAACCGUCCUCACGCAAUCGAGGCCUAAUAAUGAAUCACACUACUCCAGAAACGUCGUGGUCGAAGUCCGUGCUAGAAGCAGCGCGACUCCCUUCGUCGACCUAAUCGUCGGUUGUCGUUUGUCGUCCUGUGGGGGGUUCCAACGUCGAGUCGAACCAGAGUGUACCUCAGUGCGAAGCAAGAAGUGAACCAGAGCAGAGCCCACUGAAGCAUUUGGAAGAGCAGGAGCACAAGUGAGAGUGAUUUGGAGUGUGUGUUUUUUUUUCGGGGGAAUUCGAAACAGAUUAGGACCGAGUGUGGCCGAUUGUGAUAAGAAGACGGGUCGUUUUCUGGGGACACAGUGAUAAGGAAGAGCUUUCCAGGGAGGGAGGCAGUGAUUUUUAAAAGGGGAGAGGGUGAAGGCUGCGAAGAUCAACAGCGCUGACCGUGUAGUACAAUGAAGCCCAGAUUAGCCGGUGGAUUAGCGUUGGUGCUGGCGUUGAGCAUCUGUUUGCAGUCGAUUUCACGCGGAACCUGUGCCGCAGCGGACGGUGACGACGACGACGACGAUUAUCACUACGACUAUGACGACACGUACGGCGAGUACGAAGAUGACAAGCCCGCCGACAGUGACAAAUUGUCCUCGAGUAGUACGACGACGCCCACUUCCACGACCAUCGCCGCCGGAACUACGUCGUCAACGACAGCCGGCGUCCCGCAGUGGGGCAGCGACGAGGACGACGCAUCGGCGAGUUAUCCCUGUCCACGGGGUUGUUCCUGCGAGGAUGGGACGCGCUUUCUGAACUGUUCCCAGCGGUCACUGACCGAGGUGCCGGCGGAUCUACCGAGGAACGUAAUCCGGCUGGAUCUUUCUUGGAACAAUAUUAAGCGAAUCCCGGUGGAGGCGUUCCAGAACAUUACGGAGGUGCGGGAUCUGUGGCUGGAUCGGAACGUGAUCGAGGAGCUGGACAAGGAGGUGUUUAUCGGGUUGACCCGGCUGGACGUGCUCGGUUUGAGUGGGAACCUGCUCGAACAUCUGGCCGUGGAUAGCUUCGUUGAGGCGCACUCCCUGAGGAGGUUGGUCUUGAGUGAGAAUCCGUUGGUGGUUCCGGAUGAGGGACCGUUUUUGCAGCUGCCCGAGCUGGAGGAGCUGGAGUUGGCGAAUUGCAAUCUCACGGAGGUGACUCACGAGUCCUUUGGAGGACUGGAAGGACUGAAGUCCCUGAAUCUCGCCGGGAAUAUGUUCGAUGAGGAACUCAGCACCGAGGUCUUUGAACCGCUGGUCAACCUGCAGCGGCUCCACAUGCCGCCGCUCUCCGAGGACACCGUCCGCGAGCUGUGCGACGUGGUCAAGUCGAUCGACGUGGUCGACAUCACGACGCACAACGUCAGCUGUUUCUACCUGGCCUCGGAGACGUCCUACGAGGAAAGCAUCAUCACGCAGCGUCCGAGCACCACGGAGACCCCGAAACCGAAAGUCGUCCCUGUGGCGCCAAGCAGUACCACCACCACCAAGCCGACGAGGAAACUCGUCAAAACGGAGAACGAAAUCGAGGAAGAAGUCAAGACUACGGCGGCCCCCAAGCUAACCGCGUCAACCCGAAGAUCAACAACUCCUUCAACGACCACCACAACUACGGCAGCCCCCACCGUCAGCGGGCCAUCCUCCGCGUCCAUAACCCACUCGGUGGACGCGGACCCCGCCGUCACCAAGCAGGUCGAGUCCCCCGGAGAGCAAUCCCUCCUAGCCUCCAUCAGCUCGGAAACCAUGAAGCAACUCCUGCUGGGAAUCUGCGCAGCCGGCGUGGGAAUCCUCCUGGUCGGGAUCAUCUGCCGGCGAACCGGACUCAAGAACAAGUUCUGCGGCUCCAAGCGGCGACCCGCGCCCACCGACCAGGUACGACCGGCCGAGGAAGUCCCGCUCAACAAAGUGUAAGGCUAGCGCGGCCCGAACCCAAUUCCAAUUCUGUUCUCGAUUCUUACUUUCAAGUGCGUGUGUGAUAUUACUUAAAAAGUAUUAGAUUACGAAGAGGACGCGAGAGACAAACCGACGAUGACGAAGCCCGUGAUUUGCCGAGCAAAUAGCAGCGCAGUGACGACCACGAAUCGUACGAUGUGGCGCAAUUCUCCAGGAAUGACCGGGGCGCACUGAAUAAUGAGCAAAAACCAGCGUGUGUGUUCUUGUAAAUAUAGCUUGUAGGAAGAGGGUCGCGCAGGUAACAAGGUGUGAAUCAGUGUUGUUUGAACACGUCAUGUGCGUUGAAUGAACGAGAAGAAGACUGUGCGCAGAGUAAGUAGGUUAAACCCCUCCCGAAACACUUCACCAACACUCGCAAACGGGCAGGUGAGACAUUCCUCGUUGGAACCCAAAAGGAAUCCAAGUGCGCGAUAAGAAAGCGAAAGAGAGUAGCGAUAAGAAGAAUUACCGGAUUCGUUAAACAUUAAGUUUUCUUCUGUUUUUUAUUAGACUGUACUGUAGGACUUCUUAUGGAAAAGCAAAAACAAUGAACUCGAACCAAAAAUGAAGCUAACCCCACACAAACAAAUGUUUAGAGGAACAAACAACUAUUUGUAUACGCAAUUUUCGCAAAGUCUGCUCUUCGGGAGAUGAUCAAAUACCAAGUAGGCAGUAGCUUGUAAUCCCCACAAAAAAAAAUCAAGUUAGUCAAAUGUAGUAAAUAUUUGAACACAGCAAACCAUACAAACAUAGUAUAGUUACGCGUUUAGCGACCAGUGAACAAAAGUAGCACCCAACUUUGCACACCGUCAUACAGGUGACAAAGUUUUAAAGGACUGCCAGUGUGCUAAUGCAAAAACAAUACCCUCGGGUGGUGCAUACAUAUAAAUACUGUUUCCAUUCAAGAGUCAACUUCAUCCCGCUUUCAUACAUAAAUACAUACAUACAUAAACGACACAUCAUACACAAUUGCUAGUGAUUUGUAGGCACUUUUAGGUAAAUCCAAACUUUUGUGUACCACUAUUAUACGCGGAGAAGGCAACAGGAUUGUAAGCAAACAAUAUGGUAGUGAAAUAAAUUUGCAAAAUGUGGUAGUUGAAAUAAACUUUG